AUGCCAUCUGCAUCUGCCAUGAUCAUUUUCAACCUGAGCAGUUACAAUCCAGGACCCUUCAUUCUGGUAGGGAUCCCAGGCCUGGAGCAAUUCCACGUGUGGAUUAGAAUUCCCUUCUGUAUCAUCUACAUUGUAGCUGUUGUGGGAAACUGCAUCCUUCUCUACCUCAUUGUGGUGGAGCAUAGUCUUCACGAACCCAUGUUCUUCUUUCUCUCCAUGCUGGCCAUGACUGACCUCAUCUUGUCCACAGCUGGUGUGCCUAAAACACUCAAUAUCUUUUGGCUAGGGGCUCGUGAAAUCACAUUCCCAGGAUGCCUUACACAAAUGUUCUUCCUUCACUAUAGCUUUGUCCUGGAUUCAGCCAUUCUGAUGGCCAUGGCACUUGAUCACUAUGUAGCUAUCUGUUCUCCCUUGAGAUAUACCACCAUCUUGACUCCCAAGACCAUCAUCAAGAGUGCUAUGGGCAUCUCCUUUCGAAGCUUCCGCAUCAUCCUGCCAGAUGUAUUCUUGCUGACACGCCUGCCUUUCUGCAGGACACGCAUCAUACCCCACACCUACUGUGAGCAUAUAGGUGUUGCCCGGCUCGCCUGUGCUGAUAUCUCCAUCAACAUCUGGUACAGCUUUUGUGUUCCCAUCAUGACGGUCAUCUCAGAUGUGAUUCUCAUUGCUGUUUCCUAUGCCCUCAUCCUCUGUGCUGUCUUUCGCCUUCCCUCCCAAGAUGCCCGCCAGAAAGCCCUCGGCACUUGUGGUUCUCAUGUCUGUGUCAUCCUCAUGUUUUAUACACCUGCCUUUUUCUCCAUCCUUGCCCAUUGCUUUGGACACAAUGUCUCUCGCACCUUCCACAUCAUGUUUGCCAAUCUCUACAUUGUUAUCCCACCUGCACUCAACCCCAUGGUUUACGGAGUGAAGACCAAGUAG